CAUACAUGAUACUAGAUGCCAGUGCUGGUAGGAAGAGGGCUGUGAUCAGAUUUGUGGCACAAGUAUCGCUGUCAUAAGAGUCAGUGCCCGAAGCGUCCUAAUUUUCAGUGGCAACUGAAACCAGAGCUCCAUCUUUAAAGAUGUAUGAGACGUCUUGAGCAACAGAGCAUAGAUACAUGGAAACAUCGCCAGAGAAAGUGUUUCUGUGUCAGAGAGAGUGAAGGAGAAGGAGGGGUGAGGCUUGUGCAGACGACAGUAAAGUUUCCAGAGGCAGUGAGGACAAGUCAUAGCAGAGUACACAGUGUGUGUAUGAAGGGCAGGUGGGGGGGCCUCCACGUGCUGAAUGAACACCGUCAGCAUCGGGGAGUACCAUGGGCUACGGGUGGGCGCAUCCCUGCUCUGCAUUGUGGCAGGCUGUAUCCUCAUCGGGGUGUCCAGGGAGUGUGAUGCUGACGCUAUAGGAGGUAUCUUCCUGGGAGCGGGGGGCCUCGGCCUGCUCAUAUCGGUCUACCCCUUCAUAAAAGCCUGGCUGAAGAUCAACGAUAUUCUUCCAUUCUUUGGAAACAGAGUACACCCCGCACCUGCCAAUCCUGCUGCUGAGCAACCUAUAGAGACACUAAGAAGAGAAGCGACUCAGAGUCAAGUAAACCUGGAACGUACUAAGAGUCGAAUGGGAACCUUUGUGGAAGGCGGACCAGUGGGCGAGACCAACCCAGAUGAGGGGACAUCUGCAGACAUGCCGGACGUCUUAACUCGACGGAAACCUACAGAAACUUAAGCAGUCACCUUCGGAUCAGGACCUGCCAUGACAACAUGACAUGACCUGACCAAUAAUAAUUCAACGACUCUUCUUCAUCAGGUUUCUUUCAAAUGUGGGGCUGAAGACGCUUAUUUGAAUCUUUCUGAUUUAUUAUGUUUUUCUGUUUAAUUG